UACAAAAGUCCUCUCUAGUUAAUUUAUUAUAUAUAUAAAACUUCUGUGGAUAAAAUGUUUGUAUUUAAUAAGAAGAAUUUGCAGAACGAGAAAUCGCGAUUAUUGCUAAAGUUGAAUAUUUUCUUAUUCACUGUUACCUUUUCUAAGAUUAUUAGUUUACUUUUAAAAUUCAAUAAUAAUAACACCAAUAAUAAUAAGUAAAUCCAUUAACUAAAUAAAGACUCGAAAUGCUCUGUAACGAAUGUAGUAAUGAAGACGCUAAAUAUCGCUAUAAAUGCUGUUUAUUACACUUUUGCUCGUUAAAUUGCUAUAAAUUACACAAAUGUAACACAAACAACACUGGAAAUAGCGUAAAAAAUGAUGAGAAUGACAUUAAUAGCUCUUUAAAUUCUAAUGGAGUCUGUAAUAAUUCAUUCCAUUUGAAUGGUCACUUGGCCGAGGAAAUUGACCCUGAGAUAAAGAGGAGAUUAAAGUCUGAUGAGGAUUUAAAGGGUUAUAUAAAAGAUAUAAAGGAUUUGUUGAUUAGUGUAACUAACUCUACUGAUCCCAUCAAUUCAAUACAACAAAAUAUUAAAAACAAUCAACGAUUUAAACACUUUAUCAAUCACAUAAUCUUAAACUACAUUUAAU